CUUCCUUCCCUUCACGCGGCGGCGACGGGGACGAGCACCGGCCUUCGAGCGGAGCCCGCACCGUGUGGUGGGCCGGGGCCGGCAGUGCGGCUGGGCCUCAGUCCUCACAGGGUUCCAGUGGGCGUUCAGCCACGCCGGGGAAGGCGCCCAGACGACUAACAGGCUCCUUCCCUCGCCCCUCCAUUGCCCCCUGUCUCCUAUUUAGUAGGUCCUUCUCUAGCACCCCGCAGCGAUGACAGAUGGUCCCCUUUAGCCAGAUCCAAUAUGAGUGAAGUUUCCUGCAAGAAACGGGUUGACUAUUUGGAAUGGCCUGAGUACUUUAUGGCUGUGGCCUUCUUAUCAGCACAGAGAAGCAAAGAUCCAAAUUCCCAGGUCGGCGCCUGCAUCGUGAAUUCAGAAAACAAGAUUGUCGGGAUCGGGUACAAUGGGAUGCCAAAUGGGUGCAGUGAUGACCUGUUGCCUUGGAGAAGGACAGCAGAGAAUAAGCUGGACACCAAAUACCCGUACGUGUGCCAUGCCGAGCUGAACGCCAUCAUGAACAAAAAUUCGACCGAUGUGAAAGGCUGUAGUAUGUAUGUCGCCUUGUUCCCUUGUAAUGAAUGUGCGAAGCUCAUCAUCCAGGCAGGUAUAAAAGAAGUUAUUUUCAUGUCUGAUAAAUACCACGAUAGUGACGAGGCCACUGCUGCGAGGCUCAUGUUCGAUAUGGCUGGGGUGGCGUUCCGUAAAUUCACACCAAAGUGCAGCAAGAUUGUCAUUGACUUUGAUUCAAUUAACAGUAGGCCCAGUCAAAAGCUUCAGUGAAUUACAUCUCAUUAAAUCUCCAGAAGAUUGGGAUUAUCCUCUUCUAAGAAGCUGCUAAUGCCUUUCAUCUUGAAGUUUCACAUAGCUGUUUACCAGCCGGUCCAGCAAAAGUAGACAUCUACAGAAUAUAAAGCCUCAAAUCUUUCUUACUGUCUCUCCUGUGACAUGGAAUCUACAUCUGUUUGAACUAUUGAUUUAGGGUUUAAAAUAGGGGAGCCUGCGGUGGCCUGGUACACAGGGCUAGAGGGAGGGUGGCUCCCACUCCCGGAUCCUGGCUGGCUGGGAUGCUGGUGGCUCUUCAGAGGAGAGUCAGCUGUUUGUCAUCUGCUACGAUCCGGCAGCCCCUCUUCAGUGCCACAUGUGCUGCCUCUGUGCUGGAAGGCCAAAUAAAUAAUUGUGCUCUUAUCGGGGACGAGCAGCACACUGAUCUGAACAUCUGGCCAAGUGAAGCAUGGCAUAUACUACCCUUGGAAAAAAAUUAGGCCACAAAUGUCAGUAGCAUUGACGUAUUUGCUGCAGGGUUGAGGGAAACCCCCAGCCACCCACCCUCCCGGAACCCGAUUUGGGUGGCACAUCUGUCCUGACAGACGAGGAGUGGAACCGAACCAGGAGUAGUUCCGCCGUCCCUGUUCUCGCCGCACACAGGGUGGUGGGACAUUAUCCCUCUGGGGGCGGGGACCCCUGUUGUUUUGGCUCAGUUUUGGUGUGUUGGUCACAUGGAGCUCUUCCAUUUCGUUUAGCUGCAUAAUGAGUUGCUCCUGGAAGAGACAGCCUGGGUCUCCUUGAAGCCCAUGCCCUGCCAUGGUGGCAGCUGGGGCUGUGGAUGGGAGGGGUCCCCAACAUGGAUGUGUUGCCCCUCCUCCGAAUGCCAACACGAUUCAUUUACAAGGCCCCUCUGCAACUGGAGAGAAAAUUAAUUCCUAUCCCAUAAGUGGAUUGUGAGAAAUUUCGCAUACGUGGAGAUGGUUUCUUGCAGCCCCCUUGGUGUUCAGAGCUCAUCUGUGCCCUGGCUCCAUGCCUUCAUCUACACAAACAUCACCUUCCUAAUCACUGAGGGGCAGGGCAGGGAGCCUGUGGCUCUGCUCCUUCUCUUUAAUCUCAUUUAAUUUUUAUUAAACAUGCUCAGUACCUUUGUUAAGAAAAGGCUUUCUUUAUCCUAAAGAUUAUUACCUUUUUAAAGUGCUCUUAUAUUUUCACGAUUUUUUAUUUUGUCUCUGAGGUUUUGUAUUCCACAUUCUAGGGUAUUCUGUAAUUUGGCUCCUUACCAAUAUUAUUAAAAUCUUAUUAAAAUCUACCCUCCAAAGCA